CCCAGUGUACGAACUGUCGAAGCGAAUCAAAACAAAACAGUUCGAAAUAUGCGGUGCUAAAUCUACUGAAAAAUUAAUACGUCUUUAUCCCUGUUAUAUAAAAUGUUUCCUGCUGCUGCUUUUCGGAACAUUCUCCGGACGUCGAUUGCAAGAAACAUAUGCGCAUCAUUCGGCACAAGUCGACCACGACGGACAACAUACGAAGGUGAUGGCAAGACCACCGUUUCAAUUAUGAACACGGAAAGCGAUGCGGGUCUACUAAUCAACUCGUACAGUCAGGUUGGAUUUCGAUUGAACAAUGAUAUGGUCGUCCUAGGGCCUAUGGCAAUCUUUCCCCGUACGGUUCUUUCGUGGAACGUCGGAAGUCACGAGGAUAUAAAUGAACAGAGCUUAAGCUUGUUCUCAGCACUAGAGCCCAAGAUUGACAUUCUGGUCGUGGGGAUUGGAGAUCAACUUGCGACACCAGCGUUCAGCAAAAAAAUACUCGAAUUUAUGCGAAAAUAUAGAAUUAAUGUAGAAGUGUUAAAUACAGAGCAGGCUUGUGCCACAUUCAACUUCCUCAAUGCGGAGGGACGUGUUGUUGCUGCGGCCUUAAUACCACCGGUAACAAUUCGCGUAAAUGAAGACGACCUUAUGCGUAGACAAAUAGCGAAAAGUGAAACUUUUCAAGUGUCUGAUAAAUAAUGCUAGAAACAUGUAUGUAUAAUAUAGUGUGUAAAAUAUAAUAAAGUAUGAUGCAAUGCUUAAAAAUCUAUUAC